AUGGCGCCGUUUGCCUACCUGAGCAAGGCGGAUGCAGACGAGGGCGUGGAGGUGGCAGAGGACGGCCUCAGUGCCGCCUGCAGCGCCGAUGACGCCUGGUUGGGGCUUCGAGGUCGUCCCGGUGUGCUGAAAGGUGCCUAUCAGUUUGAAGUGGAGUUGAAGAACGACUGCCUGCUUCGCCUGGGAUGGGCUGCGCUGGAAGGGCGGCGAGCUUUGGGGACAGACGAGCGGUCCUUCGGUUUCGGGGGUACAGGCAUGAAGUCCAAUGCCGGCCGCUUUGAGAAGUAUGGUGAGAUGUUCGAAGGCAUGCCAGGAGCUGUGAUCACAUGCCUGCUGGACCGACGUGAGCCUCGGCGUCACACGAUUAGCUACUGCCUAAAUGGCAGAAAUCUGGGCGUGGCUUUCCGACUGCCACCUUGGUUGGCGGAGGUCCCGCUGUAUCCAGCCGUGUGUGGCCGGGAGGAUUGGCAGGCUGAGUGCCGGUUUCGGGACCUGCGUUUCCCGCACGGGGGCUACCGGGAUCUGGACGAAGCCUGCAGCCAGCACGUCGUGACAGACGACAACUCUGUUGACGCAGCAAGCGCUGCUGCUGCCGUGUUUGCUGCAGCGCCCUUCGUGGAGGAGCGGGAGCUAAGGCAGCUGGACGUGCCAGAUGAGAACCUCAUCGAGCUGAGUAGCGAGGGGCAGAUGCCCAUUGAUGGCCAGGAGCUGAGGUCCUGGUUGGUGCAGGAGUAUGGCAUCAGCACUGCAGACUUUCACGCGGAGUACUCGGAGAACAAGUGCAUGGCUGUGCUCGCUUUUCCAAGCCACCGGGUCUCCCGAAGCAUGGUGAAUGCACCGCCGCCCAGAAUGCUGGUCAGGCUGAAGCCAGACUUCAGCGAUGAGGCAAAGGCGAUAGUGGCAGUGCAUCGCCCGUACAAGGGCGCGACUACUGAUGCUGUGGCGCGUCGCCUUAUCGCAGGUGCACUGGACGGCGAUACCGUCAUCACAAAGGAUCAGCUGCGACAGAUCCGAGCCAAGAAGUCCUCUGCCUACGACUCCAAGCGGAAGCCACCACCUGCCCCUCCCAUGCCAACUCUGGAAAAUCAGGCGCCUGAGAAAGAGGCGCCUCCUGCGAAGCGGCCCUCACUGGCAGAAAGGCGCCAAGGUCUUGAGGAAGGGCUGAUGGUGGCGGUCCUGGAUGCUAUCUGGCCGGAAGAUGAGGGUCUGGAUGCCACAACUCGCAAUCCGUCUUGCUUUGAGUACAUCAAGUGCUUCGAGAUAGCACAUCGAAGUAAUUUCAUUGUCCCAGAUCAGGACAGCAAAGCCAAUCCGGGUGGAAGCCGCCUGCUGCAGGGCGCCCUGCGCGGCUUGAAGCCGGAACAAAGAAUGUCUGUCCUAGAUCACUUCUCUUGCAUGCGGGCUGUUUCCAAAGAGGUCAGGGCCUCUGCAUGUCCACAAGAAUCCAUUUGUCAGGCUGGCGGAGGCUCUGGGGCAAAGUCUUUCAACAUCCCCGAGCAGGACAACAGUGCGCUCCGCAAGGUCCGAAACUGGAUAGCAGUCCCAGCAUGCCGGCAAAGUCCCGCCUUCGACAUUCCAGUCAGCGAGCAGUAUCCCGACAACCAGUUCCCUCUAGGGGAAUGCGUGGAGUACGUCGGCGCCCACGCCUUCCGAACGACGUCUGCAGAGAAGCGUGAGCUUGAGCGGCUUGCGUCCUACGAUUACGAGAAGAUCCGCAAAGCCGGAGAGGUCCACCGUCAGGUGAGGAAGUGCGCUCCCGAAAUCUCCCAACCAGGGCCUGCUGCGUGUGAUGUUGACAAUUGA